AUGCACUCGCAGUCGACGACAGCUGUCGACGACGACGCGGUCGCUCACGGCCACUCGCUGCGUAUCCGCGUCGCGCGCCCGCGCAGACCGUCGCGCGCCGAGACGCCGACGCCGCUUCUCCGUUCGCGCCGCGAGCAUGGCGAGCGCUUCCGCCGCGCGCGCGGCGAUGCGCCCCCGCGUCCCUCCCGCCUCGCGCGGCUCGGCCGCGCGAUAUCGCGUCGCGCCGCGCGCGUCCCCCCGCGCCGCGGCGACCAGGGCCGCGCGAUUCGUUCGCGCGAAAUCUCAAUCUUCCUCCGUCGUCUCCGCGUCGACGUCCGAGCCCGCGUGCGCGACGGACGACACCGGGAAGAUGGUCUGCGUCGAGGAGACCAAGGGCGUCGUGUUCCCGUCGAACCUUCGAUGCGCGCUGCAGGUCAUCGUGCCCACUCCGGAGGUGGACGACCCGGCGUACUCGCUGUCAGACUACAUGCGCCUGCCCGUGGAUCAGUACGUCGGCAUCGAGCUCCCGAUGGGCGCGCAGAUGAAGCGCGUCCCGGGGUCGGACUCGCUCUUCCAGCUCGAGAUCCCGGGGCUGAAGUUCCUCUCGUUGGAGGUCAAGCCCGUGGUGCGCGUGCGCGUGCGACUCAUCGACGACGGCGAGGUUGUCCAGACGUGGACCGGGCAGAGGGGCGAGCCGGGCGGGAAGUCCGUCGCAUUCAGAGAGGAAGAAGCCGCCGCGAUCGCCGCCGCGGAGGAAAAGGCGAGAGAGGCGGAGGCGAACGGCGACGACGCGAGCGCGAUCGAGAUCCCGGUCGCGACGCCGAUGGGACGCCCCGAGCGCGAGGACGUCGCGCUCAUCGGCCCGUGCGUCCUCAUCGAGGCGAUCUCGUGCCGCGUCGAGGGGAAGGUUGUGGAGGAGCUCGGCGUGAACGAUCUGUUCGUGUUCCGCGGGACGACGUGCUUCCGGUGGCGAAGCGCCGGCGACGACUCGCUCGCGGGACCGCCGCUGCGGCGGACCGGCCCGGGCGGCGAGGAGGAGGAGCCGAGCAAGAUGGUGGUCGGGAAGGCGAGGGAGGACGAGAGCGUCAUCGCCGGGUGGGCGGACAUCGGCGUGGGCGUGGACCCGCCGGGGGCAUUCGCGCUGCUGCCUCAGUCGUUCGCGGAGAAGGUGGGCGACGCGGUGAUGCGGACGACGCUGAAGGCGUUGCAGACGGUGUUUUUGAAAGGGUUGGGCGCAGAUUAUCAGAGAUGGGCGAGCGACGCGGAGUACAGAGCCGCGAGGGAGGUGGCCGCGAAGGAAGCCGCCGCCGAGGCGGCGAGGGAGCUCGGCGACUGCGAGAGAGCGAGCAGCGCGGCGUAGUCUAGCGAGUUGAAACCAACGAAGUCGAUGAUUUU